AUGGGUGGUGGGGCGUCUUCGAAGCUGGUGGAAGGUGUCAAGAACUCCAGCCAAAAAGAACUGAACGAGUCAAUGCAAGAUCUCUCUGGCGAAGAACGGAGCAGGAUCUUGUCAGCCAUCACCAUGCUAGAGGUGGCCGGGAGCUACCGUGCUGACACCUCCAAUGGUGAUUGGGGGGAUUACAGUAUCAAAGUCACGAUCAAGAGCUCUGGCGAUGCCUCUGUCAAGAUCUCCCAGUGCUUCUUCCGAGACAGCCCAGGCGAGGAUUUCUUCUACGAGGGUGCCCUCAGUGCAGCAGGUGAUCUGCUGACCUUUACCUCUUCCAAGGUUACGAACUCGCUCGACACUCCGUUUGAAGACAAGGUCGAGACUAUGAAGUUCAAGAUUCAGGGAGACGGCUCCUUGGCACGGCUCAACGAGGACGGCUCGGUGGCGCAGAUACAAGGGGGCUACGAUGGCACACCCGAACCGGCCAUUCUCAAGAAGAUGAGUGCGUAG